UGUGUGACCCGACAACUGUCUUUGGAUACAUGUAAUUAUUAGUCGACGAAACUCCUUAAUUAUCCUUCUAUAACAUAUUGGUGUUUGUGUAACUUACUAAAUAUUAACAUAUUAACGCGUGAAACAGACGGAGCAACGUUAGCUAACGUGCUGCUAGCUAACUGACACAUGACAUCCGAGUGAGCGCCCUCAUGCUGAUCGGUCAGGCCGGGGUCUUCGGAGGACGCGUCGGCUCGUGUUGGCUCAGACCUCGGGCCGGUCUCUUCACCGCCGCCGCCGCCAUGGCCAAGAGCAAGUUCGACUACGUCCGCAACUUUGAAACGGACGACGCGUGUCUCAGGAACUGUUACAUCGUCGUGAGGCUGGACGGCCGCAACUUCCACAGGUUUGCGGAGCAGCACGCGUUCACGAAGCCCAACGACGACCGGGCGCUGGAGCUGAUGAGCCGCAGCGCCCGCUCUGUCAUGGAGGAGCUGGAGGACAUCGUCAUCGCCUACGGUCAGAGUGACGAGUUCAGCUUUGUUUUCAAGAGGACGUCCACGUGGUUCAAGAGGCGAGCGAGUAAGCUCAUGACUCACGUGGCCUCCCAGUUCUCCUCCUCCUACGUCUUCUACUGGAAGGAGUUUUUCGGGGAGCAGCCCCUCUUAUACCCCCCGGGCUUCGAUGGACGUGUGGUCCUGUAUCCUAGCAACCGCAACCUCAGAGACUACCUGAGCUGGAGGCAGGCGGACUGUCACAUCAACAACAUGUACAACACGGUGUUCUGGACUUUAGUCCAGAGUGGAGGACUCACCACCACGCAGGCGGAGGAUCGCUUAAAGGGAUCUUUGGCUGCGGACAAAAACGAGAUCCUGUUCUCCGAGUUCAACAUCAACUACAACACGGAGGCUCCGGGCCACAGGAAGGGAACCACGCUCAUCUGGGAAAAGCGGGACGAAAUUGCCACCAAGCGCACGAAGCUCCCCGGCGGCGAGGAGGCGGACGUGCCCGUGACACGCAGCCGCAGGAGGGUGCACGCCCAUCGCUGUGACAUCAUCGGGGAGGCGUUCUGGGCGGAGCAUCCGGACAUCCUGGAGGGAGACCACUGCUGAGAGGGAGUCGCACCGGACUGAGGGCAGCCGUGCGGGCAGCGGGGGGCGACGGCGUGAAGCCCGUGAAGCCCGUGAAGCCCGUGAAGCCCGUGGGUCAGUCGUAGGAGCGCUUGAUGCUUGACUCUGUGCGAUUACUCUCUCACGGACUGGAACUCGCGCUCACGUCUACAUAUUCCACUUCAGUCGUGACGCGGCGGCGCUCCGUCGCCGUGGUUCUUACAGAGAUGCGGACGCAUCGAGUUCCUCUUCCUCACGCCAGCAGCAUGAGGUCACAUCCGUCUCUUCCUUUGUCUUUAUUUGAUGUAGCAAAGAAACAUGAACGACAUGCACAAAAUAAAUAAACUAUCGCAGGAUCAUA